UCCAAACAUUCAUAGAUAACCGAUUUUAUCACAUGCAUGCAUGACAAUUCAACAUUGGUAUACCAGCUGCUGCCAAAUCAUCUUGCUCAAAGGUGAAGAUUGCAAACAUUUAAAAAUCUAUACAGUCAUCGUGAAUGCAUGUUGAUAUAAAUUGGCCAUUUAUUGUUAGAAAGAGAGGUAGAAAAAAUAAAUUCCUAAAAGUGAUCCACCCAUAUUCGAGCGAUCCCAUCAGGGUAAAAAAAUGAAUGUGCAAAAGAUCGAUUCAUCAUUGAACAACAAGAAUCUUUUGUUCGUCGGAUUCAAUCAGGACCAAGGAUGUUUUGCCUGUGGCCUGCAGAAUGGUUUUCGUGUUUACAAUUCAGAUCCACUCAAAGAAAAAGAGAAACAAGAUUUCACUGGAGGAGGAAUCGGUUACGUUGAGAUGCUAUUCCGUUGUAAUUACUUGGCUUUGAUCGGUGGUGGUAAUAAGCCUUGUUUCUCUCCAAAAAAACUAAUCGUCUGGGAUGAUUUGAAAAAGAAACACGUAAUCGAAUUGGAAUUUCAAUCGGCGGUUAAAUCUGUCAAACUUCGUCGUGAUCGAAUAGUUGUCAUAUUGGAGACAAUGAUCAAAGUGUACACAUUCACCCAUAUACCACAGCAGUUGCAUGUGUUUGAAACCUGUUCAAAUCCAAAAGGUCUUGGCGUCCUCUGCCCUAACAGUAAUAAUUCUUAUUUGGCUUUUCCGGCACGGAAAAUCGGCAAUGUACAGAUUAUCGAUCUGGCCGAUGGAGAAAAGCAUCCACUUGAUAUAACAGCUCACGAUUCGGCAUUGAGUUGUUUAGCAUUGAACCUUUCUGGCACGAAAUUGGCUACAGCAUCAGAGAAAGGCACACUAAUAAGAAUAUUCGAUACGACUACUGGAAUCCUACUGAAUGAGCUACGGCGAGGGGCAAAUGCUGCUAACAUCUAUUGUAUAAAUUUCAAUCAGGAUUCUUCUUUGCUUUGUGUAUCCAGUGAUCACGGCACAGUACAUAUAUUUGCUGUGGAUGAUGUCCGUAAAAAUAAACAGUCCAAUUUAGCCUCGGCGUCUUUUAUUUCCAAAUAUUUCAGUUCUAAAUGGAGUUUCACUCGAUUCCAAGUGCCUGUUGGUGCUCAAUGCAUAUGUGCUUUUGGUUCCGAGCCUGACUCAGUAAUUGCUAUAUGUGCUGAUGGAAGUUAUUACAAAUUUCGGUUUAAUGCCAAAGGCGAAUGUAAACGUGAUGUCUAUGCCCAAUUUCUAGAUACAAUUGACGAAUGACUAUAAUUCGAACCAGUUUCAUGCUUUUUCUCAUUGAAUCUCAUUGAUUUUAUUAUAAUUAAAUGAUUUACAUAUUGAAAAGUGCCUAA